CAAUGCGCCAACGAGCUUCGGAUACGCUUAGGUGACGGCGGAAAAGCCGCGUUUUCGUUUUAUGAAUUUGACCAUGUCCUCUGGUCGUUUAGAAGUAUGCCUCUGGCGUUUUGAUAUUUCCCCGUAGAUGUUUUUGCAAACGGACGUUUUAAUCCUCCCCUUCCAUUAGUUGUCAUCGUCAAUCCGAGCAGCGACAAAAGAAGGAUAGCAACUCAAAUCAGCCCGAAGAUAAUGAACGCCUGACAGACAACCGCGUUGCUAACGUUAGCUGGCUUCACAAUUAACGUUAGCUGUUUGUUUCGCCUGACAGUUUACUGGAUAGAUAAAACAUGACGACUUUAACAAGGCAGGAUCUCAAUUUUGGACAAGUGGUUGCUGACAUCCUGUGUGAGUUCCUGGAGGUCGCCAUUCAUCUCAUCCUGUAUGUCCGUGAAGUUUAUCCCUCGGGAAUAUUUCAGAAGAGAAAGAAAUACAAUGUCCCCGUGCAGAUGUCAUGUCAUCCAGAGCUAAAUCAAUAUAUCCAAGAUACACUGCAUUGUGUAAAGCCCCUCAUUGAGAAGAAUGACGCAGAGAAGGUUGCUGUGGUCAUCAUGGACAAGGAGCAUCAUCCAGUAGAAAGAUUUGUAUUUGAGAUUUCCCAACCUCCACUACUGUCCAUCAGCUCGGACACAUUACUGUCCCACGUGGAGCAGCUGCUGAGGGCGUUCAUCCUGAAGAUCAGUGUGUGUGACGCUGUUUUAAAUAAUAACCCUCCAGGGUGUUCGUUUACAGUACUGGUACAUACUAGAGAUGCUGCUACGCGCAACAUGGAGAAGGUUCAAGUGAUCAAGGAUUUCCCAUGGAUAGUUGCUGAUGAGCAGGAGGUGCACAUGCAGGAGCCUAGACUCAUCCCACUGAAGACCAUGACAUCUGACAUAGUUAAAAUGCAGCUCUACGUGGAAGAGAGAGCCCAGAAAACGUAGGCCUUUGAAAAGUAUCAUCAGCAAAGUAUAUCAGAGCUACCUAAAACCGUGAAAAGAAACAAACAAACAAUGGUAUCAUGAAGACUGAGAGAGUGGGUGAGAUGUGCACGCUGAGCUGCAGCUAGCGCUUAGGGUUGGACGGAUGAAACACACAUUAGGAAUCAAAUGUGGCUCAUGUAGUUUUUACCCAGCCGGUGAUUUGAUUGAAUGCCAUAAAAAUAUGCACGUUGUAAUUGCCAUGUAUCGUGUUGGAUUACUUUAUCGUCCAUGCAGAACUUUAUUAGAACAGUAUGAGAAGAACUUACCAAUACAAUAUAUUUACAGAUCACAGGUGUCAUUAACCGUUAAAUGAGGCUUCACUAUAAAACAGAUUCAUUGUUUCUCUUCUUGGGGAAGUUGCUUUGUAGAGGUGGUCUUUUCUUCUCCACAUCGAAGUCACACAUGAUGAUUUUUUCCCCCAUUGUAACGUCAGUGAGUGAUGGCAGGUGUCCUUCAUGGUGUCUACGAUGUUAUUGGUCAGGGAUGCGUGAGGAGAGUUUUAGGGUGGGCUCGUAUGAAGUAAAGAGGGAUGUUGGUGAGUUUAUCCUAAAUUAAAAUGUUUUAUGUUGUGACAAAGGAACCUUUAAACUGCUUAUAACUAUGUGAAAAGUAAAAAUGUGAUUAAAAGUUUUUCCAAGUACAACCACUGUAAAUCUCUGUUAGUGUGUAAUAAAGCAAAAACUUGA